UCGUAUAUCAGAAAUAAUUGAGAAGCAGAACUGCCCAGGGUAUAUAGCAGGGAGUAGAGGGUCACCUACCUUGUGUGACCACAGCAACCAGGAAAGGAAGAGCCUUUUGUCCCCAAAUAUAUAAACCACCUUCUGACUGAUGCCUGAUACUCUGUUAAGAGAGGACAAUGUAUUUCCAUAGAAGAGAUAGGUAAAUGGACUGGACCUAUGUUUUCAGUGAUAUAGGAGACUCCCAGGUGAGGAAAGUCCUUUUCCCAAUUCAGGUCAGAACCUUCUACGCAAUUUAUAAUCUUAAAGAGAUGUCUAGAACACUGAAAAAUGAAAUGACUUGCCCAGAGGCAUGCAGCCAGUGUGUCAGAGGAGAAAUUUGGACACAGGUCUUCCUCAUUUCAAUACUGGUUCUUCAUCCACUAUGUCAUGCUGCUUCUCCAUAGUGAUCAGACAUAAACCCCAAAUGCAUAACCCCUUGGUAGAGGAGAUGGAAUUACUUAGAGUGCACAUUGAGGUAAAAGUGAAACCUUUCUUCAGAGCCAGGAGGAAGGCAUAUGGAGCACUUUAGAGCAAAUCCAGAAGAUCCAAGAUGCUGGGAAAAAGGAAACAUCGGGGUUGGGGAAAAGGGGGGAAGAAGAAGGGACCAGGAGUAUAGAGAGAAUGUUGAGGGUUCAGAAUCAAACUUUGCUAAUCUGCUAAUUUCCCCAAGGAUCCAAAAAUAGAGAAAUUGGUUGAUUCACUGAGUUUCUUACAGUGCCCACUUUGGGAAAUGACAUCAUUCCAAACAAUUAGAGGAUUUACUAAUUUAACCAGUAUGUUCCACAGUACACUACACAUGUCCAGCACUUUAUUCAGUGUUGUGGGGAUGAUACAAGGUGAAGGAGAAGAGGUACCUUCUGCCUUAGAGGAGUUCACAGACUACUGUCAUUUCCUAUCUCCAUGUCUUUGCUCAGGCUGCCACCCAUUUACUUCUUGUCUGAUUGUAUCCCUAGUUUCCUUCAAAGCUCAAUUAAAGUGCCAUCUUCUCUAUGAGGCCUAUACUGAUUUUCCCUGUCCCCACUCUCAGUAAUCUUUCCCCAAAACUAUUUUGUAUAUAUUUAGAAUAUAAAGAAUAUACAAAAUUAUUUUCAACAACUUUGCAUUUUCUUACCUGUGUUCAUGUUGUGCUUCCUCAAUACAAUAUAAGUUCCUGGAGGGUAGAGACUGUUUCAUCUUUGUCUUUGGGUCUCCAGUGUCUGGGUUUAGUUCCCAUUUAAUAAAUGCUUAUUGAAGAAAUAAAUGAAUGUUUGAUGAGAAGAAAAACCUCACAUAUCUGAAAAGUGAAACAAUGGAGAACCAAAUUUCUGCUAAAUACCCAAAGGUGAAAUAGAGGAUAAUGCUCUGAAAUUUAGAACUCUAAGGAGCCUCAGAGGUCAUCUAGCUUUGACCCUCUCAUUUGACUGGUCAGAAGGAUGAAGUUGGGAGAAUCAUCUCAACUUACUCAGAUAGUAAGUUUGUGGUAGAGCUCAGAUGAUCUAACUCAAAAUCUAAGCAGUAGGAAUUCAAGAAAAGGAGAUGUAAUUUUAACAUCAAGAAAAACUUCCUGAGAAAGUAGGAACUUAAACUUGACUUUGCUUUAGGACACACUUUAGAGGGUUUUUGUUUGUUUGUUUGUUUGUUUUUACUGUGUACAAAUGUUUGGUGGUUUGAUUAAGGUUUUUAUGCUACUGUCUGUCAUCUUUUUAUUCCUGUAUCUUUCUGUGUUUCAGUCUGAGAGGUCCACGAGGGCAGGAUGAUUUGGAAGAGCUUACUCUAUUUGAUAAUGCAAUUAAUAAAAAUCAUCUUUUACCAAGGACUAUGAGUUUCAACCUCUUGAAACUGCUCUUGACUUUUUAAAUUCUGAAUUUUCUUCAUUCUCCUCUAAUUGGAUGUUCUUAAACAACAGCUUUUGUUUCCAUUUCCAAAAGCUUCUUUCUAUUUCGUUUUUUUUAAAUUUUGUUUAAUUAGUCAAUUUAGAAUAUUUUUCCUUGGUUAUAAGAAUUGUGUUCUUUUCCCCUCUCCCCCAACACCCUCCCAUAGCUGAUGCACAAUUCCACUGGGUUUUACAUGUGUCCUUGAUCAAAACCUAUUUCCAUUAUUGAUGUUUGCACCAGGAUGAUCAUUUAGAGUCUACAUCCCCAAUCAUAUCCCCAUCGACCCAUGUGAUCCAGCAGUAGUUAUUCUUCUGUGUUUCUACUCCUACAGCUUUUCCUCUGAAUGUGGAUAGUGUUCUUUCUCGUAAAUCCCUAUGAAUUGUUCUGGAUCAUUGCAUUGCUACUAGUAGAGAAAUCCAUUACAUUUGAUUGUGCCACAGUAUAUCCGUCUCUGUGUACAAUGUUCUCCUGGUUCUGCUCCUUUCACUCUGCAUCAAUUCCUGGAGGUCAUUCCAGUUCCCGUGGAAUUCUUCCACUUUAUUAUUCCAUUGAGCACAAUAGUAUUCCACCACCAACAAUUUGUUCAGCCAUUCCCCAGUUGAAGGGCAUCCCCUCAUUUUCCAAUUUUUUGCCACAACAAAGAGCACAGCUAUGAAUAUUCUUGUACAUGUCUUUUUCCUUAUUAUCUCUUUGGGGUACAAACCCAGCAGUGCUAUGACUAGAUCAAAGGGCAAACAGUCUUUUAGUGUCCUUUGGGCAUAAUUCCAAACUGUCCUCCAGAAUGGUUGGAUCAAUUCACAACUCCAUCAGCAAUAUAUUCCUGUCCCAAUUUUGCCACACCCCCUCCAACAUUCAUUACUUUCCUUUGCUGUCAUGUUAACCAAUCUGCUAGGUGAGAGGUGAUACCUCAGAGUUGUUUUGAUUUGCAUCUUUACAAGUGAUUUAGAAUACUUUUCCAUGUGCUUAUUAAUAGUUUUGAUUUCUCUAUCUGAAAAUUGCCUAUUCAUGUCCCUUGCCCAUUUAUCAGUUGGGUAAUGGCUUGAUUUUUUGUACAAUUGAAUUUUCUCUUUAUAAAUUUGAGUAAUUAGACCUUUGUCAGAGGUUUUUAUUCUGAAGAUUUUCCUCCCAAUUUGUUGCUUCCUUUCUAAUUUUGGUUGCAUUGGUUUUGUUUGUACAAACCCUUUUUAAUUUAAUGUAAUAAAAUUAUUUAUUUUACAUUUUGCCAUACCCAUCAAACUACCAAGAAACUUUUUUAAUGAAUUAGAAAAAACUAUAACAAAGUUCAUUUGGAAGAACAAAAGAUCAAGGAUAUCAAGGAAAAUAAUGAAAAAAAUGUGAAGGAAGGUGACCUAGCAGUGCCAGAUCUCAAACUAUACUAUAAAGCAGUGGUCAUCAAAACAAUAUGGCUAAGAGACAGAAAGGAGGAUCAGUGGAAUAGACUUUGGGUAAGUGACCUCACCAAGACAGUCUGUGAUAAACCCAAAGAUCCCAGCUUUUGUAACAAAAACCCACUAUUUGACAAAAACUGCUGGGAAAAUUGGAUAAGAGUAUGGGAGAGAUUAGGUUUAGAUCAACAUCUCACACCUUAAACCAAGAUGAACUCAGAAUGGGUGAAUGACUUGAAAAUAAAGAAGGAAACUAUAAGUAAAUUAGGUGAACACAGAAUAGUAUACUUGUCAGAUAUUUGGGAAAGGAAAGGUUUUAAGACCAAGCAAGAGUUAGAGAAAAUUACAAAAUGUAAAAUAAGUAAUUUUGCUUCUUUCUAUUUUAGAGACUUUCAGAGAGACAGUCUGUAAUCCUUUGUCUUAAACAGAAAAGGGAGGAGGGGAGAAGGAAAGAGAGAAGAGGAAAAGAAAAUCAAAAGGAAGUAGAGAAGAUAGGAAAAGAGAAGGGGAAGAAGAAGGAGAGCAGAAAGGAGGGAAGAGAAGAAAAGAAAUGUGGAGAAGAAAAAAGAGAGACAUGAAGAGAAAAAAGAGAAAGGAGGAGAGGAGAAGGGAAGAGAAAGGUCUGAAAAAGAAAAAGAGGGGAGGGAAAAGGAGAAGGGAGGGGACAAGUAUUCUCUCCUGCUUCAGCAGUGAUGUCAUGGACUCCCAAGGACCUUUCAUAAAGUCCCCUGGGGCGGGACCAACUGCAGUUUAGAAUUUGCCUCCUUUUUCAGAGAUCAGGAAUGUAGAUGGAUACCUCUUGCCUCUCUAACCAGUCUACAAGGAAGUUUCUUUGAAGGAGAAGGCCCAGAGUGCCAUGACAGCCCAGGUAUGCAUCUGUAUCUGGUUGGUCUGGGCCUCAGUGUUGGACCUCCUCCAUGGACAAGGACCCAGUCCAGGGACUAGCCGACUAAGACUGACUGUGCUGUCUGAAGAUCGACUCCAGAUGAAGUGGAAGGAAUCAGAAGGAAAUACCAAUGGCUACAAAGUCCAAGUAAAGCCCAUGGCAGGAGACUCAGAGCAGGAAGUGAUGCUGACUACCAAGACACCUAAAGUCACAGUGGUUGGACUGAGCCCCACCAAGGAAUACACACUCCAAAUAUUUGCACUCAGUGGUUCCCGUGACACUCUACUGGCCAGGCGGAGAUUUGUGAUUGAGGAUUUGAAAAGCAUCUCCACAGGCAGAAAUAGCCGGAAGCCAUCAGGGGAAACUUUGGAGUUCAUUCCUUCUUCAGUAGGAAAUCAUGAAUUUGACCAGGUUCCUGAGCUUGAAGUGGCUUCACCAACUUGGAGUGGAGUCUCUCCCACUUUAGGUCCCCAGUUCUAUUGUGACACCUCCAUUCCUGUGGACAUAGUAUUCCUGGUGGAUGGAUCCUGGAGCAUUGGCCGAAGUAACUUCAGGCUCAUCAGAGAAUUCCUAGCUAAUGUCAUCUCUCCUUUUCACAUUGCCCAGGAUAAAGUCCGAAUUGGUUUGUCCCAAUAUAGUGGAGACCCCCGGACUGAAUGGAAUCUGAAUUCAUUUAGCACCAAGGAAGAAAUUCUAGAGGCUAUUCGAAAUCUCCGUUACAAGGGUGGUAACACCUUUACAGGUCUUGCACUGACUCACGUACUGGAGCAGAAUCUGAAGCUUGAAGCUGGGUCUCGUUCUGAGGCAGUUAAAGUAGUCAUUCUUCUGACUGAUGGCAAGUCCCAGGAUGAUGCCCGACUUGCUGCUCAGGUUCUGAAAGAUGUGGGCAUAGACAUCUUUGCCAUUGGAGUGAAGAAUGCCGAUGAGUCUGAGCUGACACACCUGGCAUCCCUUCCCCUGGAUGUCACAGUUCACAAUGUCCUGGAUUUCCCUCUCCUUGGCAACCUGACAAGCAGGCUCAUCAGGCUCCUCUGUUGGAAGAUCCAAGAGAGAAGUCAAAGCAGGGACCCAGGCGUCCCGGCUAAUAGAUGGCCCCAUCCAAGCCCCACGAACUUGAUUGUAUCAGAAGUGACAGCCUCAGGAUUCCGCCUGGCCUGGACCCCUCCUCUGGAGCCUGCCAGGAAGUACAGGAUCAUAUACCAUCCCUCCAGAGGUGGCACACCCAGGGAGGUCACAGUGGAAGGGGCUACCUCAUCUGCCCAGCUGCUGAAUUUGACCUCCAACACAGAAUACUUGGUCACGGUGUUUCCUAUCUAUAAGGAUGGUGUUGGAGAGGGGCUCCGGGACAUUGUGACUACAUUACCACUGUCUCCUCCAAGCUCAUUGACCAUUUUCAGCGUGGACCACAAUAGUAUCCACUUGACCUGGAAGCCCUCAAAUAAAGCUACUAAGUACCUGGUUCAUUGUACUUCAUCAGCUUCCCUUAGAGAGCAGGAGGCAGAUGAAGAAGAGGAAGGUGGGAGAGAGGUUCUAGUGAGGGAUCCUGAGGUUCUGCUGGAAGGUCUGGCUCCUGGUACAGAGUAUAGCAUUGCUGUAUAUGCCCUCUUUGGGGAAGAAAUCAGUGAGCCCCAGAGCAUCCAAGCCAAGACCUUGUCUUUGGAUCUCCCCAAACACCUGAGCUUCUCUGAGGUCAGCCACAGCUCUGUUCGAGUUCACUGGGAGGCAUCAUUGAGGGGAGUUCGCAUGUACCAUGUGUCCUAUGUCUCACUGGAAGGGAACCAAGCUGGGGAGAUAGAUGUCUCCAGGAAUGCCUCCUCUGUCAACCUGGCCCCACUCUCCUCCUCCACCUCAUAUAUUGUCAGUGUCACAUCAGUCUACAAAGAUGGGGAUUCUUCCACACUCACUGGACGAGUGACCACACGAAAAGUCCCAGCCCCAAGCCACUUGAAGGUAACUGAAUUGCCAGGGGAUGAUGUCAGGCUGGAGUGGGCUGCUGCUGCAGCCUCUGGUGUGGUGGUCUAUCAGAUCAAAUGGACACCCUUGGGUGAAGGAAAGGCUUAUGAGAUUUCUGUCCCAGGGAACCUAGGCACUGCCACUUUGCCUGGUCUAGGGAAGCAUGCAGAAUAUGAGAUCUCCAUCUUAGCCUAUUACAGAGAUGGGGCCCGUAGUGACACAGUGUCCCUCCAAUAUACUCCAAUGAGCAGGAAUCCACCCUUGAACCUUGUGCUAGCCUCAGAGACUCCUAGCAGCCUUCGGAUCCUCUGGACAUCCCCUAAUGACAAUGUCCUGCACUACAGACUCACCUAUGCCCUGGCCUCUGGCUCUGGCCCUGAGAAAACAAUCAUAGUUCCUGGCCCAGAGAACCAUGUGACACUUCCUCUCCUGCUCCCUGGGACCAAGUACAAGGUUAUGGUUUCAGCUGUCUACAGUCUUGGUGAGAGCAAAGUUGUGUCGGCCAUUGGAAGGACUGCGGCUUGUCCAGCUCUCCAUGCCAACAGCUCUCUGCCAGGAUUUGACAUGAUGGAAGCUUUUGGCCUGGUGGAAAAGGAGUAUGCUUCCAUAAAAGGGGUGUCAGUGGAGCCCUCUAUCUUUAGUGGGACUCGGAUCUAUACACUCUUCAGGGAUGUUCAGCUGAUGCGUCGAGCCAGUGAAAUCCACCCGGCUGCCCUCCCCCCUGAGCACACCAUCAGCUUUCUCCUCCGUGUGCUCCCAGAGACACCUAGGGAGCCCUUUGCACUGUGGCAGAUCACUGAUGAGACCUUCGAGCCCCUUCUUGGAGUCACCCUUGAUGCUGGCAGAAAGUCCCUGGCCUAUUUCAAUCGUGACCACAAGGCUGAGUUGCAAGAAGUCACAUUUGACUUGCAGGAAGUGAAGAAGAUAUUUUAUGGGAGCUUCCACAAGGUACAUCUGGCAGUCAGUCGCACCAAAGUCAAGCUCUAUAUUGAUUGUCGGAAGGUCACAGAGAGGUUGAUCAAUGAGGCAGGGAGCCCAUCAACUGCAGGAUUCAUCAUGUUGGGGAAACUAACCAAAACCAGGGGUCCCCGGAGUGGCUCAGCAACUUUUCAGCUUCAGUCUCUGCAGAUUGUUUGCAGUGAUGCCUGGGCUGAGGAGGACAGAUGCUGUGACGUCCCUGCACUGAGAGAUGCAGAAACCUGCCCUGCCCUGGCUUCUACCUGUACUUGCUCUUUGGAUCAGCCUGGCCCUCCAGGGCCUCCAGGACCCCCUGGUACCCCAGGGAGGAGAGGUAUCCAGGGGGAGCAAGGGACUCCAGGACCUAGAGGAGAGCCAGGUCCACCUGGACAGACUGGACCAGAGGGCCCUGGAGGCCAGCAGGGGUCGCCAGGGACUCAAGGUCUCACUGUUCAGGGACCUGUGGGUCCCCCAGGGCUCAAAGGUGAGAAAGGGGACAUUGGACAUCCAGGCCUACAGGGCCACCCUGGCCACCAAGGGCCCCCUGGGAGACAUGGCCUCCAAGGUCCAAAGGGAAUGAGGGGAUUUGAAGGUACAGCUGGCUUUCCAGGACCUCCUGGCCCAAGGGGCUUUCAAGGAAUAGCUGGUGCCAGAGGCAUCAAUGGGGAGAAGGGCUCUCCUGGAGAUGUGGGACCCACAGGACUUCCUGGGCCCAAAGGAGAACGAGGAGAAAAGGGAGAACCUCAGUCCCUUGCAACCAUUUACCAGUUGGUCAGCCAGGCUUGUGAGCAGUUGAUUCAGACUCAUGUGUUGAAAUUUGAUCCAUAUCUUCAUGAGAAUACCAGGCCCCCAGUACCUGUCUGGGAGGAGGAUGUAAAGCCAGGCAAGCCAGGCUUACCUGGUCUUCCUAAUCUUCCUGGCCAGAAGGGAGACAGAGGGAAGGAUGGAUUCCCUGGAGAACGUGGGAGAGAGAGUUACCCAGGAGAAAUAGGUGGCCUGGGAGCCAAAAAGCAGAACAACAACCCUGGUCUAUCACUACAAGGAUCUCCAGGACCCCAUGGAAGGAACGGUGAAAAUGCUUCUCCCCUGGGACCAUUAACAUGGCAGGCUCCUGAAGCAGGUCAAAUGGGGGAAGAUCUGCUGGGAAAACUGGGAGCUCAGGAUUCUCCAGGACCAGAUGACCCCUCGAGGUUUUCAGGGAUUGCAGCCCAGGUCAGAAAGUCUGGCCCCUCUGGGGACUGUGAACCCUCAGGUUGUCACCUGGACAGUCCUACAGAUGUUGACUUGAUCCCCUGAUCCUGGCAGAAGGCUGAACCCUGAGCAGGUUCUCAGUGACCUAUGAAUUGGCUCCUGCUUGUUCCAUCCACCUUUGUCCCUUCUCAGCUAUGUAGGCCAUUCCAGACUAUACAUUUUCCCCCAUGGCUGUUUAAUACAUCUAGAUGUAUGGGUUAUUUGAUGGUUUGUUGGCAGUUGUUGUGGGGGAAUCUGGAGAGGUUGGGAGAAUGCGUCAUGAGAAGCCUGCAAAUGAAGGAAGGGUGGAGGGUACAGAACCAUUAUAAUUAUGUAUAAUAUAAUUAUAACAAGAGAAUGUUCCCCUUCUCCUUAGCCCUGGAGUUUUAAGUAGGGUUCCUAGUGCUAGUUACAGGAAAGGAGAAGGGGUUUGAGUAGAGAGAGCCCUGUUCCAGGUUUACCUAUCAUGACAGUCUUACAGCAUUCCUGCAAUUGUAUCCUGCUUCUUUCUAGCCUGGGAUCACCAUCCCUUGUUCUUAAAGAGGGUCUUCAGAGCUCUGUCCUUAGCUUCCGUUGGCUCUGAGCGGGGCCUAAUGCUCAGCCUCUGUUACUCAGCUAAGUUGAGUUUCAGCUACUUUCCUUUUGAAGGCCUUACUGCUUUGGGCCACAUAUCUUAUGGCCAAUAACAUUAGCAGGGACCCAUUGAAGUGGCUGGAUGGUCAGAGGGUAAAGGAAGGAGCUAGAAUACUUGGACAGCAGGAGUAUGUGAGAUUUUCAUGGGAUGUCAGAGCCCAGGAAGGGUGAGACCGGCAGGUUAAGCAUCUUGAUGUGUGUGAUUGGUUUGUUUGGUUUCAGUGCUAGGUAUAAACUUAAGGAACACUACGUGUAAAGAAUUAUAUAAAAAAACCUAUGUGAUUUCAAGUCA